AUGGUCACGCUGAGAAUUGGUGGGUACGAUGUCAAAAGGGUGAUGAUUGAUCAAGGUAGUGCUGUAGAUAUAAUGUACCCAGAUUUGUAUAAGGGGCUAGGUCUGAAGCUAGAGAGCUUAGCAGCCUACAGUUCCCCUCUGGUGAGUUUUGAGGGAAGGAUGGUCGCUCCAAAAGGACAGAUCAGACUACCCGUGCAAACCGGUAUGGAUGUGGUGGAGGUGGACUUCAUUGUUGUAGACUUUUUCUCUCCAUACACAGCUAUUAUGGGCAGACCUUGGCUUCAUACCCAAGGAGCAGUCUCAUCUACUCUACAUCAGAAAGUGAAGUACCCAUUUGGAGGCCAAGUAUUGGAGAUAGUAGGAAGCCAGGUUGCAGUUCGGCAGUGCCUGGUAGCGGUUAUACAACAUCGGCCAGAGGCAGAGACCUCGGCUACCGCCAAUAAUGGAUUAUAG